CAUAAAAAGGCCAAUUAGUGUGAAGUGUGAACAUAUAUGCAUUACUUGCAGCUAUAAAACCAGUCCAACGAUUCCAUAGCUUCUGAAGCCAGGCGUGAUGGAAUUCAACCCUAGUUCGUCGUCUUCUAGGGUUGACCGAAGAACUGUUGAGAAGAACAGAAGGAUUCACAUGAAGGCCCUCUAUUCCAAGCUCCACUCUCUUGUUCCUCACAACUCUUCUAGGGAAGUGAUAUCACUGCCAGAUCAACUACAAGAAGCUGCAAAUUACAUAAAGAAAUUGCAAAUAAAACUGGAGAAAAUGAAUGAAGAAAAAGAUAAUUUGAUGGGAAUCCAAACACUGGAAAUUAAUCACGAAGACAAAAUAAAAAACUCGAAUUUGAUGGUGGGGCAACAAAGAAUACCACAUAUUGAUGUUCGUGGAACUGGCUCGUCUCUUGAAGCAAUUCUCGUAACGGGGGUUGAUUUUCAGUUCUUGUUCAGUGAUACGAUUCAAGUGAUUCAUGAAGAAGGCUUCGAUGUCAUCAAUGCCACUUUUUCGAUCGUCAAUGAUACUGUUUUUCAUACCAUACAUGCUCAGAUUGGAGAGAAUUAUGCUCAGGAAAAUGGUGUUUCAAGGAUCAAAGAGAAACUCAUGAAUAGUAUCGCGUAUGGCAUUUGAUUCUUACUUUUGUGCACCUGAAAUUGUUGAGAAGAUGUUAGUUGGCAUAUGUAUGGUUAGGAUCUAGUCUGUCAAUAUAUCCACUUAUAAAUUGGAAUAUAUCCUAAUCCUCUAUCUAAUAAUUAUUUGGAUAUUUGCUUUCAUUAAAUGCUAAGAAAUUAAUAUCGG